UCGAAGUCACGCCAACGUCUGCCACCGGCCCCUCCGUCGGUUCCUUACUGCAUCCUUUGCGAUAAAUAUAUUUCACAAAUUUGACAAAAAAAAAGAACGAAAGAGGAAACAAAACAAACGCGACUCUCUCCUUUUCACUAAUUUUUCAUCGUCCGCGUCUCGUGAUAACCGUGCAGCAAUCUCAGUGAUCGAAGAAAACGUUUUUAGGAAAUAGUGGAUAGUAAAAGUGUUGGUCAGUGUUGUCUUCAAUUUGUGAGAUGAUCAUGAUGACUCUUAGUGAGUGAAUCUAGUGUUCUUCCUUUAAUCUCUCCAAUGGUAAACCUAAUUAAUCGUUAGGAAUCGGUGGUAUUCGUAUAUUGUCAUUUAUCCUGUGAUACAUUUUUAUUCUUUUUUCUUUCCUUUUGUCUCUGUAUUACGGCGUGGCGGUGUUCAUCUACAACAACACGUUGAUUACUCCAGCUCGAGGAGGAGAAAGAGAGAGAGAGAGAGAAGGAAGAUCGAUUGAAUGAAAGCAUAAGAAACAGUUGUUCAGCUAAAAAAAAGGUCUACUAAUAUUUGCCGAAUCUUGCUCCGUCCAAAGAGACUCGCCCCGAGACAAAAAAGCGGCUGUGAGUGAACUGUUUUCGAUCAACCGGUGUACGAAGAUCUUCCCUCGCGUUAUUUUCGAGUGAAAUUAAAAUGAAACGUUUACGCAAAUACCCGAUAUCAAAGGAAAUUCGUAUUUCCUUAAAUAAAUUCCAAUCGUCGUUUCGUUUGUUCCAUUCCUUUUUACCCAGUGUCAUUUCGUCUGUGUGAUUUUCCAAAAAAGUGUACGAUUAAAUAAUCAUUUUGUUAUCGGAGGUGGGAUUAUCUACGAGUAGAAACAAAAGUGUUAAAAAUAAUUGACAUGAUAAGAAAGAAGGUAUGUCGAAAUUCGAGGUAAGAUCCAUCAGCCUCUCUCGACUUUGUCUUCCGUCGGGAGGUGGCUUACAAAAUUGGCCAGUGUUUAGAUGCGUUCGGUAAAUCCUUGCUGAACUAUGGUCUCGAGCGUAUCCUUUAACCGGCUCGAAACUUGAGGAUGAGCGGGAAAGAAUUAAUUCCUUUAAAAAAGACUAUGAAGUGAGAGCCGAAUGAAGAGGAUUAGCCGUAGAAUCAGCCGAAGAAUGUUGAGGUGAUUGUCGUUGAAGAUUUCUAAUUAAUUAUCAAGAAAAAAAGAUGUCGAGGUGGUUGUUGUCGUCGUCGUCGUCGUCGUCGUCGUCGUCGUCGUCAUGAUCGAUUGAGGGAUCUAACAAAAAGGAUUACGGAAGAGUAUGUUGAGGUGGUCAACGUCAUCGUCGAUGAUUCUGGCGUCGAUGAUCCUGGUGUUGGAGCUGAUGCUCGCCGCGCUGGCAGGCGCCGAGCUCAGCUCUCGAAUCGUCAGGACGAAAUACGGCGAGUUGUCCGGUGUAAUAGUCACCCUCGAUCGUUAUCUGGAGGGUGUCGAGGUAUUUCGUGGUGUACCAUACGCCUCCCCCCCGAUCGGUUCCUUACGGUUUAUGCCGCCCGUUAGUGGCGCCUUGUGGCACGGCGUCAAGGUCGCCGAUAAAUUCGGACCCGUCUGUCCGCAAAAGCUUCCGGAAUUGACCGACAAGAUGCCCAAAGGCAGGCUCGAAUAUCUCAGAAGAUUACUACCCUAUCUUCGUAAUCAAAGCGAGGAUUGUCUCUACCUCAACAUUUACACGCCUGUGCAAGGUGAGUUCUUUCAAUUAUUUUCCCUCCACCCUCUUUUUAUCAAUGAUCUAUUUCACUUGGCAAUCAAUUUUCUUUGUAAAUGUUAA